AUGGAUCGUUCAGGAAUACCGCGAUUAAGUCAAGUAAAUUGGCUAGGCGGUGUUCCUAUACGCCAAGAGUCAAUGGUAAGUUUCGACGCAAAUAUAUCUGCGAUAGGACGUCUCUCGCGUGCAUCAAUGAAUGGUAUUCAAAAACCUACUACAGACCCUCGUCCUAUCCGUAAUAAAACAUGGCAACAGAAUGCAGCCAAUUAUAUUUUGCAAACUCUCAGACAAUUUAAUCCUGAUAAUGGUGUCAGCCUGAAAGCAUUAAUUCAAAAGCCGACCUCAAAAGAUCUUGAAAUCACCUUCAAGAUUUUAUAUGAAGUUAUCGAUCCUACUAUUAAUUGGGGGCCCACUAGUAAAUUCGAUGAACUUGUAGUUCAACUUGUACAAGGAUUACGAUAUCCAUUCGGACACGAGAUACGUAAACAAGUAUUGGCAUCUUUAAAUUCAGCACAUUCUUGGCCAAUCUUGCUCGCUAUGCUUAAAUGGCUGGCAGACGUCGCUAAAAAAUACUUGAUUCUUCAAGAUGCCUUUAAUAAAGAAAGACAAGCUGAACCAACUUUGAUUCGUGAUCAUUGGGUCAGAAAUCUUUCAGAAUCAUAUGAAUUAUUUCUUAACGGAAACGAUGACUUUAGUAAACCCGAUCGAAAGCUAAAACAAAUUUUUGAUCAAGAAAUCAAUGAAUAUGAACAUCAGAAUCAGAUGCUUAAGAGUCAGAUCAUUGAACUUGAAGAAAAGAAGCAGCAACUCACCAGCGACGAGUCUUUAUUAGAUAAAGCAAGAAAAGAUCAUGAUGUAUUAAAAUCAGAUAAAGAAAAAUUUAUACUCUAUCAUCAGCAUUGUAAAAGCAAAAAAGAGAAGUUGAUAAUUACCAAUAAACAAUUAGCAGAGAAACUCGAGGAAGAAGUGGAACAAAUGCUUCAAAAUCGGGUGGAAAUUAAUAAUAAUUUACAGAAAAUUAUUGCGAAGAAAGAACAAACCACUUGCAAAGUCCAAGAAACAGAAAAAGAGUUUGCUCAAGAAAUCGCUAAGAUAGAAGAAUGCGUUCAACAUUUUAAUAUGGUAGCUGCUGAUGUAAAUUUGAAACAGGGAACCAACUUGGAAAUCGAGAUGGAUAUUGAUAGCGAGAAAAUCAUCUUGACCGAUUUGGAAGAUUUACGCAGGAACGUUCUUAUGAAACUACGAAAGGAUAAUAAUGCGCAACACCAUCAAAUUAUCCAGGAAAAAUGUGAGUUGGAAAGAAAGCUCGAUGAAUCCGCCGAUCAAUUAUCUUCAUUGCAAUUGGAAAUUCAGAGAGUUGAAAGAAACAAUGCGGCUAUUCUUGAACAAUUAGAAGAUUCAAAACAAAAGUUCGAGGAGAACGUUAAAUGGCGGAUGGAAACUUUACGGCAAAAUGAAAAACACAUGGCUGAUAUUCGGUUAGAAGGCAAAAAGAAUUUAAUGGCAAUGCGUGAGAAGCGUCAAGAAUUACAGAUACAAUGUGAUCGUUUGGAAAAAAAUCUUCGAGAUCAAAUAGAAAGCCAUGAUCGUGAAUAUAAGAAAGCAGUUGAUGAACAAUGGCGCCUCGAGCAAUAUCUUGCUCAACAAUUGAUCUCGUUAGUAACAUACACUAGACAGAUUCUCACAGAAACUAAAACUAAUGUUGAGGAAGAUAGUGUAUAUGAAAAAUGA